CACACCAACCCACAACACACACAACACAAGAGAAACUCCUCUACUAUCUUCCAUACUCAGAGCCUCUUCUACCGUUGUCGAACUGGUUCUCUUUAAUUAUCGCCUUUGUUGUGGUAUAAAAGGAGCAUCUCUCCCCGUCCUUGGGAUAAACAACACACUUCUUCCAUUCCACUCCCAUUUCGAACGUGCAAUCCUUCCUUAACUAUGCAGAUGAAGGCAAACAUGCCCGUCAAGGCCGCCGGCGAUCUUCACAAUGAGAAGAGAGCCAAAGUGCUUGAAAUAAUCGACAAACUGCGUGAGCUCGGUGUCAGCGAGAGCGUGUCUCUGCCACAGCUGGUCGUCGUUGGAGACCAGUCUAGCGGCAAGUCCUCCCUUCUCGAGGGACUGACUGGUCUAUCCUUCCCAGUUGCAAGCGACCUAUGCACUCGUUUCGCGACGCAGAUUGUGCUCCGCCGUACUUCGGCCGAUGAGGCGGGUGCCAAAAUUACCAUCAUUCCUGGUCCGGCUGCUCAACAGGAUGACGCUCAGGAGGAAAAGCUCAAGGCGUUUGAGAAGGUUUUGGAGGCGGACAAAUUUGGUAGUGAUGAAUUUGGACGUGUUUUUGAUGAAGCUGCCGAGGCCAUGGGUAUCCCAGGACCUGGGACUACUGAUAUUGAGAAUAUCGACAAGAGGUUCUCCGACGAUAUUCUCAAGAUCGAGCUGUCCGGUCCGGAUCAUCACCAUCUGAGUGUGGUUGAUGUUCCCGGCUUGUUCCACAACCCUACCAAGUAUCAGACGGAAGAAGACAAAGGUAUCAUCCGCGGUUUGAUCCAGAACUAUAUCAUCGACAAGAGAACCAUUAUCCUUGCGGUCAUGGACGCAAGGAACAACCUCGCCAACCAAGGAGUAUUCUCAAUGGCUCGAGCUGCAGACCCAGCAGGCAAACGUACGGUCGGAAUCAUCACCAAGUGUGACGCUGUGGAAGCGGGUGAUGAAGCAGGAGUGCUUCGCAUCGCCAAAAAUGAAGUUGAGAAACUCACACACGGCUGGUUCGCAGUAAAGAACCGAUCCACUCAAGAGAUAAAAGAGGGCAUCACAGUCGAGGGUAGACACAGGAAGGAAAGGGAGUUUUUCUCCACCACUGCUCCUUGGACUGAGCUCCCCAAGGAUCGCGUUGGGAUCUACGCCUUGAAGAAAUUCCUUGGGGGAUUACUCUAUGAUCACAUCAGGAGCGAGUUCCCCAAUGUGUUGAAGGAUAUCGAGGCCUCGCUGGCAGUCACUGAGAGAGACCUCGAACUUCUUGGGCCUUCCAGACAGACUGCGAUUGAUCAACGGCGUUUCCUCAACCGUACUGCAAAUACCUAUCAGCGCGCAGUUGACGAUGCCUUGGAUGGAAACUACAGCCCGGAACUUGCUUCUGAUAGUACGCUGAAGCUUCGCAUGCAUGUACGGGCACUGGGCGACGAAUUCGCAAAGACCAUUGCCAGAGAAGGACAUUCCAGGGUGUUCUGUACCCCCGGUGGAGAGGUCGACGACGACUACGCCAGAGGUUCAGGUGAUGAUGAAGAGUCAGGGUUUGAUGACGAGGACGAUAUCUUCAUCUGGAUCCGUCAAGUCUUCCGAGAGACCCGAGGAACAGAAUUGCCUGGAACUGUGAACCCUCGAGUGCUCGAAAGCCUCUUCCGCCAGCAGUCCAGACCAUGGGGUGAGAUCGCUCUAACUUACAUUUCACGAGUUACCCGCGCUGUCAAGGCGUUCAACAAGGACAUUCUAAUUCAGAUCAUCCGUGACGGAGAUGUCAGGGAACAACUGGCGUCUCAUUUGUCUCGCGUCGAAGACUCGACUCACUCAAGGGCCGUGAAAGAGUUCAACCACGUCCUCAACGAUGAAAGAUCCGGGAUUCUACAAACCGUGAACCACUACUACGCAGACACUCUGAGCGCUAUCCGCGACGAGCGAGUCCGGGCAAGCCAGGUCAAUAUGAACCAAAUCAUGAAACAUGUGCAUCUGAGCAAUGAACAGCAGGCUGUCAACGACAUUCAUGACAUUCUGAAGGCGUACUACAAAGUCGCCUUGAAGCGCUUUGCGGAUAAUGUUGUGAUCCAAAUUGUGGAGAGACACAUUCUUGGGCGUGAGGGGCCGGUCAGGGCCUUGUGCUCGGACAUGGUGAAUGAACUUGACGACAACGAGCUGUUGCGAAUCGCUGGAGAAAACUUCUCGACUUCUGCUACACGUAAUGACUUGGUUGCAAAGUGCGAGCGGUUCCACAUGGCCCUUGAAGUCGCAAAGCAGGCUGGUAUUUAA